CGACCUCUCUUCCCGACCCUCACCUCCGCUUCUGCCUGUCCCUCUCGUCUGCCUUCUGCCCAGCCCGAUCCUUCCGCGCAGACGUCUUUCAAUCUUCACCCAUCGCCGCGACUCCAUCUCGCCGCGCCCUUGGCCCUCUGGCCCUCCACCUGAGCGUGAUCGAUAAGCCGGCACGAUGGCAGAGAACGGCUCGCGCGCCGACAACGGCAAGUACCAGCCCAUCUGCAAGGGCGGCGGCCUGCUGCUCGCCUGGCAGCUCAAGGGCAAGCGUGUGCUGCUCGUCGGUGGAGGUCCUGUCGCUGCCGGCCGCCUCGUCAACGUCAAGGACGCCGAUGCGCACCUCACUGUGCUCGCGCCGCGCUCCGGUCUGUGCAGCGAGAUGAAGUUCCGCAUCUUCGAGCAGAAGGUCGUGGAUGCAUACGAGGACCGGCUAUUUGAGGGCGACAGCGACCUCGCAGGCUUCGACAUGGUGCUCACGGCCAUCGAUGAUGCCGACCUGUCGCGGCGCAUCUGCCAGAUGUGCCGCGCACGCCGCAUUCCCGUCAACGUCGCCGACGUGCCGCCGGAGUGUGACUUCUACUUUGGCAGCCUCAUCCGCCGCGGCCCGCUGCAGGUGCUCGUCUCGACGGGCGGCAAGGGCCCGCGCAUCGCGGCGCAGACUCGCCGCAUCAUCGAGCGCGCCAUUCCCGAGAACCUGGGCGAGGCCAUCGAGCGCGUCGGCGUGCUGCGUGCGCUGCUGCGCAAGCAGGCGCCGGAGCAGAAGGUCGGCGCGCGGCGCAUGGCGUGGAUGAUCGACGUGUGCGAGACGUGGAGCUUCGACGAGCUGGCCAACAUGACCGAGGCCGACAUGCGCGCCAUUCUCGCGGGCUGGGAGAAGGGCACCGUGCCCUCGGCCAGACGCGUGCGCGGCAUCAAGCACAUGGUGCCGCGCGCCGAGGACGUGCGCAAGCGCAUCACCGGCCGCUGCCCCGUCGCCGGCUACUGCACGCCCUGGCUCGGCGGCAUCGGCGGCUUCGUGCUCGGCGCGGCCGUUGCAUCGGCGAUUCUCCUCACGCGCAAGACGGCGCGGUAGCGGGCCCGGGCCAAUCACAAAGUCAUCCUCAG